CAGUCUGCUGUGCAUCAUAUAAAAGGUGGAGUUCUCAAACGAUUCAACUCAUUCUCUACUGCAAAGUCAGCGAAUCCAUUUAGCAUUGAUCGUACAACGCUCAGCUCCAAAAAUGAAAUCCGUUGUUAUUCUGUGUUUGGUAUUCGUUGCGGCGGCCUCCGCCGGCGUCAGUCGCAGUGACGUCCGUUUCAACAUGGGUGGCAGUCAAGUCGCUUACAGCAUCGAUCACAGACCGGAUUCGACUGGAGGACACAGUUCUUUCGUAUCCGUCAAGAGAGAGGAGCCCGUUCCCCAACACUUUGUUCAUCACCUUCCUGUUACUGUUCCCGCACCAGCAGUCCAUCCGACCGUCGCCUAUCCGUUCGUCUACCCCGGGACUGACUUUUACGCCCCGUUUACUACUUCAUUUCGCCAACCUAAACAUUAUCCAGCCGCUUAUUAUCCAUACACUUACUCCCCUUAUUACCCGUUUGCUGCUGGUGGUCACCCCGGCUUAAUUUUCGUAGCCUAGAGUAUUGCACUCGCUUCACGAUUCACGAAACGACAUGUUCACGGCACACCAAAGAUUUUUGUUAGUUUGUAACGCAAUAAAAACGGAAGUUUCCCAUCGUC